AUGAAUUAUGGAGGUCUUGCAGACGUUCACAACGAAAUGGAUGAUGAUUCAAAAGAAGAAGAGGAUUAUGUUUCCAACAUAGUAAUCAUGGGUGUCUCCAUGUUACUUCUUGCAUCGGUAACCGUUGCUGUUUUUGCCAACCUAAGUGGUGGCACCAAAAACGAAGGAAACUUUAAGAGCGUUAAAUAUAUCUGUGCAAAAACAGAAUCACCAGGAACCUGUCUUCAUGUCUUAAAACGUAUAGGCGAAAGAGCUUCGCCUUUGGAUUAUAUUAACGUUGCUAUUAACGCAACUCUCAAAGAAUUAAUGAUAGUUAAUAUACCAAAACCUGAUUCUGAAGGAUUCUUAACUCCUUUGCAGAGAGAAUCGUAUAGAGAUUGUUUGGAGUUGUUGAGUAUGGGAAAAGAUGAGCUAGAACGAGUUUAUGUGAUGGCGAAUUCGUCUGUGGACUCGAAAGAAAUUAUCAAUAGUCUAAGUGCUAUCAUAUCGUAUCAACAAACAUGUUCUAAUGAGUUGAUGAUAACAAAUAAUUUUGAUAUUUUGGGAUAUUCUUUGAAACUACCUUUGGUUCUUACCAGGAUUACAUUAGCCAUUGUUGAUAAUUUCUUCGAGAAGCCGGUUUUCGAGGAAGGGUUUAAGAAAAUGCUCACGAGAGCAAAUCUUCAAGCUGUGGAAGUUGAUCAUGAGAAUAAAAGAAUAAUUGUUGCUCGAGAUGGUCGCGGCCAUUUUACAACGAUAACGGAAUCACUCAAUGCUUGCGCGCGAAAUAAACAACCUUCAUGUGUUAUUUAUGUGAUGAAAGGUGUAUAUGAAGAGAGAGUUGUGAUACCAAAGAAUUUAGAACAUGUGUUCAUGUAUGGCGAUGGCCCUACGCAAACCGUUGUCACCGGAAUCAACACGACGAUUGUUACAACGCCUUUUCGUUCGGCCAGUUUUGUGGUGAAAGGGAAAGGAUUCAUUUGCAAAGAUAUGGGAUUCACUGCACCUGCUCAUAUAGCAGAUGCACCAGCACUUCUAGUAUUUUGUGAUCACGCAGCAUUUUUCAACUGCAAAAUCGACGGCGGAGAAGGAAGCUUAUACGCGGUGGCGAAUCGCCAAUUCUAUGGAAACUGCGAAAUUCAUGGAAGUGUAGACAUUAUAAAAGGCGACUCCGCGACUAUGAUUCAAAACUCGCGAAUCAUAGUGAAGCCUCAAAAUUCUUCUAUAGUUCCAAGGAAAAAAGUGAUGAGUUUUCAGUCAAGAAUAGACAAACAUGAAAGAACUGGUUUUGUGAUACAAAACUGCACUAUUAUAGCAGAACAAGGCGAAACCAAUCAGAACAAUCACAGUCUUGUUGGUUCGACGUGUUUGGGGAUUCCGUGUAACGAGUAUUCGAGAACAGUCGUAAUGGAAUCAUUUCUCGGCGAUGUGAUUCGUCCGAGAGGUUGGUGUCAAUGGAGUGAUAACUAUGGAGUUGAUACAGCAAGUUUUAUAGAGCAUAAUAACAGAGGAAUUGGUGCAAUAACUGGUAAAAGGGUGCAUUGGGAGAGUUUUAGAGAAGUUUCUCAGAAUCAUAAAAGUGAAAUGAUGAAAUUUACAGCUGAUGAGUUUAUUCAAGCAAAUCAAUGGUUGAAAAGUACUGCUAUUCCAUAUGAACCUGGAUUUUUCUUUCAUAAAUAG